GAAAAUACGCAAGUUCCCCUAAAUGAAUAUAAAAUGGAAAUGGGCCAAUCGUCAAGAUGGCUGCAAUAUGGCUUCUGUGUGAAAUCUUCCCAACAAUAUCAAACCAUUGUUCAACGUUUCAUCGAUGAGAUAAGCUUAUCAGUCCGAUGAACCAUCAUGUGGCUUAAAAUGUCAAUGCAUGGAUUUGAACGACAUCGUCGAGUGCAAACUGACUAGGACAACAGAGCAGGGCCAUAAUGUUGUCGCUACGGCCAAUAGCCGCCGACCUAGCGGACGUAGCGAAGAACGACCUGAACGAAGAUCCAAGUCAGUUGGAAAGUCAUUUGAGUGUGAUUCGUAAUUGGUUGAAAGAAUGCAAACAUUUUCACGGUUCGCUGGAUGAUCAGAUUCUGUUGGCAUUCCUUAGGGGGUGCAAAUUCAGUUUGGAAAAAGUGAAGGAAAAAUUGGCGCUAUUUUACUGGAUCAGAACAACUCUACCGGAAGUUACUCAAAACAGAGAUCCAUACGACGACCAUGUACUGGAAGUGAUACGUUUGGGUGUGGGAAUUCCACUUCCCAAAACAGUGAACCCAACGGAUCCGAAGAUUUUUGUAAUUCGAGUGGCCCAGUUUGAUCUGACGAAAAUCACCUUCGCCGAUGUGAUAAAAGGAGGAACGCUUAUUAAUGAUGUCCUGAUGAGAGAUGACGACCAGAUGGUUAUUUGUGGAAUGAUUCUGGUCAUCGAUUUGGCAGGCGUAACUGCAAAUCAUCUAUUCCAGUUUGAUUUUGAGUUCUUGAAGCAAGUAGCUGUCCUAUACCAAGAUGCAAGCCCUCUUCGCAUGCAAGGUAUUCAUAUCUUAAACCCACCACCAGGAAUGCAAACUGUGGUAAACAUGUUCAAUAGCCUGCUCUCUACUAAAAAUAAAAAUAAAAGGAUAUUUGUACAUGGCAGUAAUUUGGAGUCUCUGCAUAAUCACUUGGCGAAACAUGUUCUUCCAAAGGAAUACGGUGGCACACUAGGGCCAAUACAAACGUUCGUCGAAGAAUGGGAAUUGAAACUGAAAGCCAAUAGAGAUUAUCUACUCGAGAUGUCCGAUUUACGUGACACAAAGACAUCAGCUCCACAGUCACCUUCGGUUUUCUCGCCUACCAGCAAAAACACAUUCUUCGGGCUGGAUGGCUCGUUUAGGCGACUUGAGUUAGAUUGAGUGAGAGAAGUGAUAAUAAAACUUGAUUCAUUGAAAAGAA